UAGGCGGCGAACUACAUUUCCCAUUAGAAGCUGAAAACAGAACUACAACGUCCAACAUGGCGGGUAUCGGGAAUUUCCUGAGGAACGCGUGGAAUAAGGAGCCCGUGGUGACGGCAGCCUGUGGCCUCGGCAUCGCCGCGCUGAUCCUGCCUCUGGUGAGCCCGUACACCAAGUACACGGUCAUGUUGAACAAAGCGACGCCGUACAACUACCCAGUUCCUGUGCGAGAUGAUGGAAACAUGCCCGAUGUUCCCGCUCACCCGUGUGACCCACAGGGCAGAAACCUGGACUGGCUGAAAAAUAUGUAAAAUACAACAGCAAACAAAAACAGCCCUCAACCUGUACAGAUGUCUCCCUGUCGAUUGUUGUGUUUCUCUGUCAAUCUGUGUCUCUCAAUAAAUAUACUUUAUUUAACACGA